UUUGGUUUCAACUUUUUCUUUUUUUAUGAUUGUUGUAUCGCAAGGGGUGCGAAGCUACGAUUCGUCUCUGAGUCUAUUUCUACUUUUUAGAACCGAUAUCAAUUUACCGAUGUAGAUAGUGAUACCAUAGUCUUAAAACUUGUGCGUUAAUGGCAGGAAUUCAGAACGACAAACAUCGUGAUCUCCACCAGUUAAAUAUUGCCAUAGAAAAAAUUAAUAUAAUUUCGACGUCAUUUUCGGAUACGUGGUUCAAGCUGAGCUACUUCUGUGAAGUUUCAACCGAUACGGGUCAGCCUUGUAAACAAUCGCAGCUCAUAAAUGGAGAAUGGCAACCGCAGUCUUUCACAGUUCUUGUUAGAAUCAAUAGCAAGGUCACAAUCUCUCUUGUUAGAAAAAAGUCAAUGUUAUUAUCUUUAAAAGACAUUAAAUUUUGCGAUACUUCACUGAAUAUCAAGCCUCUUUUACUGCAGCAUUCUGGCAAUCUUUCAAAAAUAUCUAUCAGUCGAACUCUUCAUUCUCUUUUAACAAGUGGUGCAUCCUCAGACAAGGAGAACAUUGGAGAAGAAGUGGCAGAAAUUAAUAUCGUGCUUGAUGGACUCAGAAUUGAUAAAAAACAUCUCCAAGAUUGUUCAGUCUCCCUGGCUCAAAACGAGGAUCCUGUUGAUAAAGGCUGCUUGCAUGUCAAAGCAACAGAUUAUUUUAUUAACGGAGGACAUUCAAGCCAAGACUUUGUUGAUGAUUGCUUGAAGAACGAAAUUGAACUGGAAGAUAUGGACACUGACAAAACACGACAGGCAGAUGGCACGAUUUCUUGUAACAGUGUAUGUGGUCGCGCAACCAUUACACCAAGUGAGAUAGAAACUUCAGAUCCAUCUUCCUCUUCCUGUUCGACAGGGGCAUCAACUGAUCUGAAGGUGACAAUAGAAUCAAAGAGAGCGAGGGAAUGCGAUAAUAGCUCAGCUGAAGAUAAAACAAACGUCUACACGCACGAAAAUGUUGGCCCAAUCAGUACAGCAUCUAGUUUCAACCAAUCGUACUCGUCAUCCACAUCCAAACCGAUUAUACAAGCGCAGUCCACAAAACACCUCCGAUCUAGCAGGCGGUCGCAUGAUCGCAAUGUGUUAGAAGAAGACCUGCCCCCGGGUUGGGAGAGAAGAGAGACGAGAGAACACAAGGUCUACUACGUCAAUCACAACAAGAGAACCACGCAUUGGAAGAAACCUUCCUCCUCAACCAACAGCAGUAGCUGCAAUGCGAGAGACGGUGAACUUCGCAGCAGCAUUAUUACUAGUAGAAAUGAGAAUAGCACCUACACAGCAACAUCAAAGACAAUUUUAAACCACGGCACAUUAGCACCGCCAGAUAUAAACGCAUGUGCGCUAUCAGAAGUAUCAUCGAAUUAUAUGGCUUCCCCACCGGCAGCGGACGAAUCGGAUGGUGCAACUAACAGAAGAAAGACGCCAUGUCAGCGGCUGCAAUCUUCAAUUGACGAACUCUCCGUAGUCUCCUCAUCAGUUGCGUCCUCGUCAGGAUCAAAAAGCAGCAAAGUCUCUCGAGAGCCUUCAGUUGAAAGUGCGAAAUCCAAUUCCCAGAAAAGGGUGUCCAAAUCAGACUCAGAGCCUCUGCCCGAUGGAUGGGAGCUGAGAUACGAUCUCUAUGACAGGCCUUACUACGCGAACCACAAAAACAGGACAACCACUUGGACGCGCCCUUCUCCCUUGCCACCCGGGUGGGAGGAGCAAGUGGACAGCAAAGGCAGAGUUUACUACGUGGACCACAAUUCACGCACCACCACGUGGAAAAAGCCAACUGCGGACACUGUACGCAACUACGAGGCUUGGAGGGGCCAGGAGAACAGGCAAUACUCCACGCAGCUGCACAAACUCAACAACAGGUAUGCAGUGAAUGGGGAAUUGGAUGGUGACGAAGACUUGUCAUCAUCAGAAGUGACGGUGGUUGCAGCGAAGGGUGAACCUUGUGGCAGAGGGUUCUCCGUUAAUUUAGCUGGAAAUGGACCUGAAGAUGGACUGGGUCCAUUACCCAGAGGCUGGGAGAGGCGUGUAGAACCAAAUGGACAGGUUUACUUUGUGAACCACAACAACAAAACAACUCAAUGGAGGGACCCGCGGCAAAAUAAUGGCAUCAAAAACUGUAUACUUCCCUCCUCAUCUUCUGCCGGGGGGCUAGGUGCGGCCACUGUGAGGGCAUCAGGAAAUGCAGGGGCAGCGGAAGUGAUGUUAGGGCAGGCUGAAAGUCUAGAGGAGGGGCUCCCAGAGGGGUGGGAAGUAAGAAAUACAAAAGAGGGAAUUCCUUAUUUUGUGGAUCACAACAGUCGGACCACGACUUUUAUUGACCCGAGGACGAACAAAAGUACGCUUUUUGGUCAAGAAAACCUGUUGCAACAGCCGAAAAACAUCACUUACGAGAGACAUUUCUCUUGGAAAGAGAACCAGUUCCGACUACUGUGUGCCAGUAACUCACUACCUUCAACGUUCAAGAUCACAGUUUCCAGACAGAAUGUUCUAGAAUCAUCCAUGCGUCAGAUUCUGGCUGUGAAGCCUUACCAGUUGAGAAGAAGACUGCAUGUGUCUUUCGAGGGCGAAGAGGGCAUCGAUUACGGAGGAGUUGCCCGAGAAUGGUUCUUCAAACUGUCGCGAGAGGUAUUGAACCCCAUGUGGUGUCUAUUCCAAUACGCCAAUGACACUAAUUACGCUUUGCAGAUCAACCCUCAUUCUUCAAUCAAUCCAGACCACUUAAAGUACUUUCGUUUUAUUGGAAGAUUUAUUGCUCUCGCCCUCUUCCAGAAGAAGUUUAUCGACUCCGGGUUCACGCUGCCUUUCUACAAACGUAUUUUGAAUCGUCCUAUGGCCUUGUCGGAUUUAGAAGCCGUUGAUCCGGAGUAUUAUCGCUCGCUCAAAUGGAUCCAGGAAACAGACUUGAGCGAGUACAGCGCGGAAGAUUUAGGGUUCACUUUUUCCAUCGACCACGAAGCUUUCGGCAAGUUGGUAACUAAUGAACUGAAGCCGAAUGGAAACGAGAUUUUCGUGUCGGAGGAGAACAAGAGUGAGUAUAUUAAGCUGAUGCUGAAUUGGAUUCUAGCCAGGGGGGUGGAAGACCAGACAGGAUGUUUUUUACACGGAUUCAACGAGGUCGUUCCUGUUUCGUGGCUGCAGUACUUCGAUGAAAAAGAACUGGAAAUAAUGUUGUGUGGUAUUCACGAGAUUGACGUGGAUGAUUGGAUGGCGAAUACCUUGUACAGGAACUACAAUAAAAACUCGAAACAGGUCUUAUGGUUCUGGAGCUUGGUCCGAAAUCUGGACCGGGAAAAGAAAGCGAGAUUGUUACAGUUUGUUACUGGUACGUGUCGAGUGCCAAUAGGGGGGUUCAAAGAACUUAUCGGCAGUAAUGGACCACAGAAAUUCUGUAUUGAACGAGUUGGCAAGGAGAGCAUGUUGCCUCGUUCACAUACCUGCUUCAACAGAUUAGAUCUACCGCCCUACAAAAGUGCGCAGCAGCUACAGGAAAAACUGAUGAUUGCGGUCGAAUGGACAGAAGGUUUCGGGCAAGAGUGAACUUAUCUAAAAAUUUGUUGUUAAAACAAACUGGUUUACAAAUUCAAUUCUCACGUAGUUUGCAUUCGCUAUUGGCUGGCUCUAAACCUACGUUUGCACUAAUUUUGUAUGAGCUAUAAUUUUCAUUUAAGCAUCAAUGGGUGUCAAUUUCAAUUCGAAUGUGAUAAUUGUAUUUACUCAAGCCAGCUAGUAGAAUGACACUGUAAUGUACGAGUGUAGUGUAAUAGAAUGACACGGUAGUGUAAUAUUUGCAAUUUUGAAUAAAAUUGCAAAUAAAAGUACUCAUUUGG